AUGUGUAAUAACAAGAAUAAGCUGCCACAAGAAGAAUUACCGCACCAAUGUAUCGCACGACUAGAAGCCACCGUGCAAUCACUAACAACAGCAAAUAGUAAUUUGACAAACGAAAACGUUGAAUUACAACGUUUAAAUGCACAACAAGCGAUCAAAAUUGAAGGUUUAGAAAAAAAAUUAAAGGUGCUUGAAGAUAAGCUUGAUGGUUUAAUGGCAGCCAAUUCAGGCGGAAGUGAUUCGUCGAAUUCACCUCCAUUAGUGAAGAAAUAA